CAAUAACACCCAAAAUGCUUUGCUUUGCUGUUUUCCCGGUUGCCGCCAUUUUGUAAGCAAGUACAUUUGAGUGAAAAUUUGCAAUUGCUACAAUUAGUGUCGUUUCACUGAUUUGUUUAGUGUUUGUGAUAACUCCAGAGAGUUUAAGUUUAAAUUAACAUAGAUACCUGUUAAGGUGUAUAAGUCAAUGGAUAAUCAACGUGAAAAAGAGCGUGAUCGGUCGAGGCGUGGGGAUCGGCCAUCCCGAUUUUCGGAUGCAACUAGAGACCGUUCUGGAGAUCGUGAGCGCCCUGAAGGAAAACGAUUGUUUGUUUCCAACAUUCCGUAUGAGUUUCGCUGGACGGAACUAAAAGAUUUAUUUAAAGAAAAGGUUGGAGACGUAGCUUACGUUGAAUUAUUCAACGAUGAGAACGGAAAACCAAGAGGAUGUGGUGUUGUGGAAUUUACAAACUCUGAAGCUAUGAAGAAGGCUCUAUUUGUUAUGCACCGUUAUGAAUUGAAUGGGCGCAAACUCGUGCUGAAGGAAGAAACAGCUUCAGGAAAUGAAAGGAACAGGAUGAACUCUUCGAGGUCUGGAGGUGGUGGAGGUGGCGGCGGCGGCGGUGGCGGCGGCGGUGGUGGCAGCCGAAACAACAGAGAUGAUAAAGAUUGUUUCAGUUGGGGCAUAAACAAACCAAGAGAACCAGAAAAUUAUAACACCUAUGGACUCAGCACACAGUUUCUUGAAUCUAUUAAUGUGCAACCACCACUUGUCAAGAAAGUUUUUGUUGCCAAUCUUGAUUAUAGUGCAGACCGUCCCAAAAUAAAGGAGGUCUUUAAAAUGGCAGGUAAAGUUCGUAACAUUGAUUUAGCAGUGGACAAAGAUGGCAAGAGCCGAGGAUUUGCUGUUAUUGAAUAUGAUCAUCCAGUUGAAGCUGUUCAGGCUAUAUCAAUGUUUGACAAACAAAUGUUGUAUGAAAGAAGGAUGACUGUGCGAAUGGACCGAGGUGUUACAGACAAAACUGAGUUAAGGCUUCCUGAUGGUCUUAAGAGCAUAGGUCUGGGCUUGGGAGCUAAUGGAGAGCCAUUAAGGGAUGUCGCAAGGAACUUACCUCCCCAAACACCUACUACAACAAAUCUCAAUCUGGCUAAUACUGGAUCAGCAUUGGGAGCUGGAGUUCUAGGUGCUGUUCCAACUGCUAGUGUUACGUUAAAUGGUUUGGGUGCAGGUUUAUCAGCUAAUACAUUGAAUACCAACACUGCUUUGGGUGGCAAUCUUGGACUACAGGCCUUGAGUCUGACAGGAUUGGGAGCCCUCCAGAAUCAGUUGCUUCAACAAGGCUUAACUGCUAAUGAUUUGGCAACAGUACUAACUGCACAAGCCAAUGUGAACUCAAAUAACCUGGGCCUUGGAAAUGCAGAUCUGGGUUCCAAUGUGUUAGGCAACUCAGGCCUGUCCAACAAUGUUUUGGGUAAUAAUUCUCUUAGUUCUGGACCGAUGUCAGGAAAUAACAGACAAAUGGGUAGUGUGACAGUAUCAGCUCAGUAUGGGCGAGACCCUGGUGUACAGCAGUCGAGCCGGGAGAAACCCUCAGAUAUGGUGAUCAUAACUAAUCUCCCACCAACAGUUACUUGGCAAUUGAUUCGUGAGAAGUUCAGUGAAUGUGGUGAUGUGAAAUUCGCUGAGAUGACGGCACCAGAUACGGCCGUCGUUCGAUUCCACAAAGAGUGGGAUGCCGAGAGAGCAAUAAAAAUGUUCGACCGGACCCGCAUUGAUGGCAGGACAAUAGAUGUUCGUUUCUUUUAGUAUUUACGCAAAAGAGGGAAAGUUUUGAAGUCAGUCUGAUUCGGGUUUGUAUGCACUCUGCCGCCUGGAUAAAGAAAUGCUUUCAUCUUCGUCUUGAAUUGUGUUCGGUGAUGAUUCUAAAACUUUGACUCGAUUGACUUUGAAUAUUAUCGAUUAUAACUUGUAUUCUAGGUUAAGUUAAUGUAAGCGUCUUAAUGUUUCAUGUAGCCCUAAUGAUAAAGCUUAAUAAACUUCAUUUUAGGAAAUAUCCGAUUGUUAUUGUUAUACUUCAUUAUUUUCGACGGAACCAAUAGUAAUUUCAUGGAUUCAAACCAUUUAUGAUAAAUUGGGUCGUUAACAUGCAUAAGUUAUUUCUUAUGUUUUUCUAGUUGUCAACACUUAUUGUAUUGUACAACUGGUGUCGCUACGAGUGUAUCCAAAAAAUGCUGAGUUGUUGAUGUGACUGUUUGUUUCUGGGCAAGCAAAGCAAUUGUAUAUUUGUGAGUCCCGACAUACUGGGUUCUUCGACCGCGGAGGUGUACCAAAUAGACAGCAGAUGUUACUUCGAUAUUGUUGAUAAACCUGCUUAACACUUUGAGUCAGUAGUAAUAUUAGAAAUAAAUUCACAAUAACAGAGCAAAGAUGAUUUUAUAGCUUUCCAAAUUGACACUUCUAUUGUUAGAUAUUAAAUUGUGUUGUUUGUCAAGAUAACGUUUACCUGGUACGAAUACUGGACUUUUAACAGGUCAAUCAAGUUAAGAUGCACAGAUGAAGACCACUAGACAAUUAUUUUAUACCUCUGUUUGGAUGCAAUUUACGAGAUUAAACUCGUUUGAUAUCAGCUUGUACACUACACUGCUUGAUUUACCUUCUAUUUAGCUCUCAGCCGUUGAUUGUAAACAUUGGAAUCGUAAGUGUAUCUAUCCCCAUGUUUAACUUUGCAAAAAGUAGUUGUGGAUAGUUGCACAAUUGAGCUGUCUCGUUCACCAUGGGAAGUUUUCGAAGAUUGCAAAAGUUGGGUCUGUGAUGCGUCGAAAUUACUAUGAAAUACGUCUUCAGACUUCUCCCGGUUGAAUGGUAUGCACCCCAUGUGGCCAUGAACGACUCUUGAGUAUUGAUACUCCCUUAUCAAUCAAUAUUGAGAUGUUGCGCGGAACCUAAAUGCGCAAGGACGUAAGAUGGAGAACGUCAUAGGAGAACAGACAACUAAAAGAACUAUCACGUGUUUCCGCGUCGGAAAACAGGUACUUGACUGAUGCCUGUUUGACGUAUUUGUAUGAAAAUACAUUGUUGUCUGUAAAUAAUAAAAAUGUUUAUCAAA